GGAAGUUCUUGUUGGUUUUUGGUGACGCUGCGUAAGGUUGUAAGACAUGGCCCAUCCUUGUUUGUUAGGGUUUUUUCUUCUAAACCUGGUUCUCGGAGGUCAGGCUCUGACACCAUCCCACUACCUCUCACUGCCUGAUGUGGCGAGACUGCAGAGUUUCUUGAGCCAACGCUUCACAGACCUCGAAUCGGCAUACUACUCAGUUGUUGGUCUGAGCAAACUAGCAGCAACUGUUGCUGAUCAAAUUGAAACAUGUCAGUUCCUGAAGUCCCAACUCGAUCCCACAAGUAUCGACUCGCUCUUCUUUGCUGCUGAGGCCAGUCAAGCCUUAUCAGGGUGUGAGAUUCCCGUGUCCAAUGAAACUCGGGACAUUCUCCUGGCAGCAGUUAGUGAGGAUUCAACUAUAACACAGAUCCAUCGAGCUGUGAGUGCACUGAGUUCUCUGGGACUUCCUCUGGCAUCACAGGAAGUUGUCGGUGCCCUUGCAGCUCGCAUCAGCAAAGAGGAUAAUGUCAUGGCAAUUACGUUAGCCUUGCAGACAGCAGCCCGUCUCUCACAGAAGGCAGAACUUGGAGGAAUACUUGAAGAAAUUGAGGACCUGAUAGCUCGUUUGGAUGACCUAGGUGGUGUCUACCUUCAGUUUGAAGAGGGACUUGAGGCAACUGCUCUGUUUGUGACUGCUGCUUAUUCACUGUCAGACCAUGUGGACAUGGAGCCCCCUCUAAAGGAGGACCAGGUCAUCCAGCUGGUAAACUCCAUCUUCAGCAAGAAGUCAUGGGACUCUCUGGGAGAGGCUUUCAGCGUGGCAAGUGCUGCCUCAGCCCUCUCAAACAACCGCUUCCAUGUGCCAGUCAUGGUGACUCCCCAGGGCCCAGCCACAGUGUCACACAGCCAGCCCAACUUGCAGCUUCUUGUUACUGAUGUCCUGUCUCAGCCUCUGGCUUCAGCCAGCGUACUGGUGGACUCUGCAUAUGCUAUGGCCUCCAAGAGUGUAAUACUCAGCCAAACACCUUUCACUCACAGAGAUGGUGUCUUUGAACUGAAUUUUAUGGCUAACCAGCCAGCCAGUGGAUAUUACCACUUCACUGUUGCUGUCACAGGUGAUAGUCGAUUGGUUGCCAAUCGUGUUGAGCUUAAAGUGAAAGUAUCCACCGAGGUGGCCAUUACAAAUAUGGAUCUGUCUGUGGUGGAUAAGGACCAGAGCAUUGGCACAAAGACUACCAGGGUGGAAUAUCCCUCUAAAGCCAAGAGCUCUUUCACUGCAGACAGCCACCAGAAUUUUGCUAUGUCCUUCCAAUUGGUUGAUGUCAACACUGGAGUGGAGCUUACCCCUCAUCAGACUUUUAUGAGGCUUCACAAUCAGAAAACUGGCCAGGAGGUUGUGUUUGUGGCUGAACCUGGCAGUAAGAAUCUUUACAAGUUUGAGUUGGACACAGCAGAGAGAAAAUCUGAGUUUGACUCCACAUCUGGCACCUAUUCCCUGCAUCUCAUUGUCGGAGAUGCUACCCUGGAGAACCCCAUUUUGUGGAAUGUGGCGGAUGUGGUUCUAAAGUUUCUGGAUGAGGAAGCCCCUGCUAUCAUUCAAUCAAAGACUUCCUAUGUCCCCAAGCCAGAGAUCAAGCACCUGUUCAGGGAACCAGAGAAGAAACCUCCCACAGUGGUUUCCAACACCUUCACUGCUCUAGUACUCUCCCCCUUGCUGCUGCUGAUCAUUCUGUGGUUGAAGCUUGGAGCCAACAUCUCAAACUUUAGCUUCUCUCCCAGUUCUGUUCUCUUCCACGUAGGACAUGCAGCCAUGCUGGGCCUAAUGUACAUUUACUGGACCCACCUCAACAUGUUUCAGACCCUCAAGUAUCUGGCCAUCAUUGGCAGUCUAACCUUCCUUGCUGGGAAUCGCAUGCUGGCCCAGAAAGCAGUCAAGAGAAUUGAGAACAAAUGAAGACAUACCACCGAUGCUCAUUCAAGGAUAGAUCAAUUCAGACUCUUGGGAAAAAAUGGCAUGGUUUUUCAAAAUUCCAAUUCAAAAGUGAAGUUUCUAUUUUUCCCCCCACAUGAAAGAAAACAAGUUGCUGCCACCAAGUGACUUGACAGAUGCUCAAUGACAUUUUCCUACUGAAGACUGUAAAGCUGCCAUUGCACUUCAUUCCCCCUGUAAUAUUUGCUUUCGUAUUGCCCAACAUGCCAUCAUUUUCUAAGUGAGCUUAGAUAUUUUUUUUUUUGUUUCUUGAUGGAAUAAGAUCGAUUUGUGUUUUUGUACAUUCCUGUUGCUCAAGCCCAUCUUUGCUCAACAGUUAUCAAUUACAGCUGGUCCACCAAAUGUAGCACUGACACAUUCAUCUUUGGUAAACUUGUUAUUACUUUUGCGUGUUGGAUACAUUAGAUGAGAGACUCUCCUGUCUGAUUUAAAGAUUUGACAUCCCAAGGAAAAAUAAUAAAUGGUUGUUAAAAUAUAAUGGGCAAUUGCAGGAAAGCGGUUUCUUUUUUUUUUUUUUUUGUAAUGCAGAAGAGGAAAUAAAGAAGUUAAUAAGA